GUGAUUUGACCUCAUCGUUUCAGAUUGUUUUCAUCCAUGCUGCCUACUCGGCCGUGUAGUUUUCUGACGCAUUUUUGCUCGCAAGGCACACUAUCUAUCUUCUUCCUAGUGGAGGAUGGGGUAAAUAGCGCAGCCCUUUCGCUCUAUAUAUACCAGUAAAGAUUAAUUCAAAGGAGCUAACAAGAAAACCAACAAUUGUAAUCUUCUACAACUAAAAAGACUAAAACUGGGACAUUUCUUUGGUGCGGUUUUGGCCGUCGGUCGUGCGUCCGCAGCCGAAUUGACUUGGAAACCCCCACCCCCCUCCGUAAUCACCUCCCCCUUUCCCACCGUGAGCACCAGCGCCCCCGAUCCAACCCCGCAUCACCGCCUCGCGCACCAGAGCCAGCCCCCCGUUCCCCUGCAUCCGUGAGCUGCAAGUCCCUCGUCGCGGGUGGCGUCGUCCCUCGUCGCCGGUGGCGUCGUCCAUGGUCGCCGGUUGCGUGUGAAACAAUGUCAAAGCCUUCUGAUCCCCUUCCCUUCGUCCCUGGUCGCCGGUGGGCUGCCAGGUUGCUGGUGAAACAGUGUCAAAGCCCGCUGGCACGGCCGCAAGGUUGCCAUCAGAAUUCUUCUCUGAUCUGUAUCACUUUGUUGUCCUACUGCUUCCUUCGCCUUAAUUGGAGCCGUUCUAAUUCUUGCAGGAGGCAGGUCUUACAUAUCUCGUCUAUCCUGGAGCGUUUCACACACGCUUUGAACACUCAUUAGGUGUCUAUUCGUUGGCUGCAAAGGCUAUAAAUAAUCUUAAGACAUAUCAGGGAGAAGAGCUUGGCAUUGGGCUAUUAGACUGUAAAGCUUGCAGGUUGGUCUACACAUCCAGGGUACAUUAAUUAUCAAACAUCUUUGUGAUCCCGGACCUGAGUUAGGCAUUCUCUUGGAGGGGAAUUCUGUGGGUUUACCGUCAUCAGAUUGGGGAAGGUACUCCAUCGAUUUGGUGUACAUCUUUGUUGUACAUGUAUUAUGUCUACUAACUUUGCUCACUUUUAAAGAAUAAUUUGAUCAUAAUGAAAGAUAUGCAAAAUAAUGAAGGUCGUACACCUUUUGAAGACUUGACAAACACCAUCAAUUGUGGUGGCCAGUCAACAUCAAAUUCACGAGAACAAAUUGAUGAACGUGUGCAACGUAAAAGGGAAAGAGAAAAAGCACGAAGUGCAUCAAUGACUCAAGAACAAAGAGAUGAUAAAAAUAAAAAACUUAGGAAAAAGUAUCAUCAAGAAAAGUCUGAAAAAAAUGCAAUACGUCGUGAACGAUAUCAUCAGAAAAAAACAUUUGGAGUUGAAUCAACCAUGAAAAACUAUGAUGGCGAUGAAGAUAGUGAUUGGCUACAUCGAGACACCUCACCAUGCAUAUUGAUAAAGAUAACACAUGUAUCGAUUUGGGCUUUUUUCCUUGUACUAAUUUUAUUUUCUUAUGCUUGUAUGAUGUCGAGGACAAGGUUAAUACAAUUUUAUUAUAUAUAUGUAGAUGAUUACUCCAAUAUAUGUAUAGAUCAAAGCGGCAUGAUUGACAUUACGGAUGCAUCACCUGAUCUAAACCCAGGUCCUAUAAAUGCAUCCACUUCCAUCAACAAUGUUGUCACGUGUCCAAAAGAGCGUAAGCGUGAGGUAGAAAGAGCACGAAGGGCUGCAAUGUCUCCUGAACAAAAGGCGUUAUUAAAUAAGAGACGACGUGACUUGUAUGCACAGAAAAAUGCUGCAAGAAAACUGCAAAUGACUCCACAAGAAAAUAAGGUGAAACGAAAAGAGAGCAAGAAAAAAUACAAUACGAUGGUGAGAGAAAACCGAGCCAACAAUUUGCAUCCGGACUCCAUUGCUAUGGAGAGCCCUCACUUCAACCCUCAAAUUAUUUUUCCUGCUUCACCUCAAUCAUCUGAAGCGCCUCUAGAUGAUAUGGAAAUACCUGAAUUCGGUGGCACGCCUGUCCACAUUGCACCAACUGUAGUUCAAAAUCUAGAAGUUCAGACCCCUGAAUUGGUUGCGGCACAGACCAUACAUAUACAUCGAGUGACCAACGGCGAGAGAAAUGCCCUUCUAUCCCAUCGCAAUCGGGUUUUUGAAGCAAACAUUGGAGGAAGGGCUAGAGGGUGUGCGGAUGGAAAAUGCAACGAUUCGAACGGACUGACUCAACCGAGUGUUGUUUGCAACGAUGGUGUCACCCAACAAACUCCAAUUCAAGCACCUAAUAAUUGUAAUGGCACACAAACACAACCGUCUGUAGCUGACGGUACCUCUUCAAUGCCUCCAUAUAGUGCACAAGAUCAUACAUCAGACUCUAUGGUCGAGGAUGACUAUGACGAAGAUGUCAUAUUUGAGGAGGACGAGGAAGAGGAUGAGGCAUACUUUUUCGCCGGUCAAGAAGACGAGGAUGAGGGAACCGAUGUUGACACAUAUGAGCAAGAGAAUCAUGAGCCUGAUGUCCCAGAUCCAUAUGACCGGGUCUAUGCUAAUGUCCCAUCAGAGUCGCACAUGUUACCCUCGGUGCCGAACUGCAAGCACUGUAACGCAAAGAAAUUCGAUGGCGAACCCCCCGGAUUCUGUUGUAGGGGUGGAAAGAUUCAUCUUUCAAGUCCUGAGACACCACCAGAGCUCAUGAGGUUGUGGUGAAGCUCGGACGCUGAUGCUAGGUACUUUCGUGCAAACAUCAGAUACUUCAACGGCCACUUCUCUUUCACGUCUUUGUACUGCCACCUAGAUCGUAUCACCACUAACAUGCGAAUCUGUGGUGUUUACACAUUUCGUGCCCAUGGUCAGAUUUACCAUAACAUACGUCAUUUGGUAAAGAGGAGGGUGUCGAAAAAAGACACCUUGAACUUUAUUUUUAUGAUGACGACCCAUCCCUCGAGCAUCGCAUGAGCAAGUGUCGUGAGCAAUGCGCCCAAAAAGAUAGAGAAGUUAUACAACAGUU